CAACAAGACAGAGAGCGACCAUGGCAGCGGAGCAGAUCGUCUCUGCGGAUUUUGAGGUUUUCGGUCGUGUUCAAGGCGUCUUCUUCAGAAAAUACACUGUCCAGACCGGCAAGCAGCUCGGUCUGCGGGGUUGGUGCUCCAACACCAAACACGGGACGGUGCUGGGCCACAUGGAAGGCUCUGAAGAGGCUGUCAACCAAAUGAAGCACUGGCUGACCACCGUCGGCAGUCCGAGCAGCAAAAUCGAGAAGGCGGAAUUCAGGAAUGAAAAGACUUUGACCAAAUUUACCAUUGAGUAUUCGGACUUCAAAGUGCACCGAUAGAAAUAACAGAAAUAGAGGCAUUAAAAAAUGGUUGGGCAGGACGAAGCAGUAAAUUAUUUAUUGGAUAUAAUAUUUAAAUAAUGCUCAAUUUAAAAAUAAAUCAUAAACCCACAGCAUAAAAAUGAUUUUUUAACCUAAAAGAGAAACAAAUUUAAUUUUUACUGUCGGAAUAUUAAUUAUUAUUUCAGUUCUCAGUGGCUUAUUUGAUGCAAAUUGGUAUAAUAAAAAUUUUGUAAGCGAA